AUGACCCUCGAAGACAUCAAGACCGCUUAUCAACAGAAACACCACCUUCCAGGCACAUACGAGAAGAUGGCCGCCCACACUCACGCACACGUUCAAGAGAACAAGCAGAUCAAGCUCAUCAAGAACACCAAGUUCGUUCGCCAUGGAACGAAGGACCCUGGUCAACUCAUGAGGAAGUACGAGAUCACACCCACCCUUGACACGCCCUUCACCAUCAUCCACGACGUCGUCGAAGACAUCAGCCGCUCCCACAAGCUCCUCAGCAAGAUGCACAUCGGCACGCACGAGCCGGAGAAGCACGCGGUCAUGCGGAUGCAGAAGCGAGACACCUCCGGCAAACUAGGCGACGUCCCCGCCGAAGACGUCCAGAACGACUCCGAGUACCUCGCCAGCGUCGACAUCGGCACGCCACCGCAGACGCUGAGCCUCAACUUCGACACGGGCUCGUCGGAUCUCUGGAUGUACUCGACCAAACUCCCCAAGGAGACUCUGAAGGAAAGCAUCCAGUACGGCGAUGGCUCCACGGCGAAAGGGUGUGUCGGCACCGAUACCGUGCGCAUCGGCGGGCUGUCCGUCGAAGGGCAGGCCGUCGAGCUCGCGGAGAAUGUAUCGGACUCGUUCAUCAAGAGCCAAGGCGAUGGGCUUUGUGGCCUGGCCUUUGGCACGAUCAAUACCGUCAAGCCGAGUCCCGUGCAUACCCCCGUGGAGAACAUGAUGAUGCAGGGGGAUGUUGCCAGGGAGCAGCAGUUGUUUACGGCGUAUUUGACGAAUCGGAUUGAUGGUGUGCCGCCUUGUUAUACGUUUGGGUAUAUCGAUGAUGCUCUCGUCGCCGGCGGCACGAUCAACUACGCCCCAGUCGACAGCUCGCGCGGUUUCUGGCAGAUCAAGUCCGAAAAAGCCUCCAUCAACACCCAAACCCUCUCCCUCCCCUCCCAAACCGCCAUCAUGGACACCGGCACCACCCUCGCCAUGAUCGACGACACAACCUGCAAAGCCCUCUACGACAACAUCCCCAACAGCAAAUACUCCCCCACCGACGGCGGCUACAUCUACCCCUCCACGACCCCGCGCUCCGCCCUCCCCGUGCUCAAACUCUGGAUCGGCGAAAACGCGGUCACGAUCGACCCGGAUGAUAUCGGGUUCGCGGAUUUGGGGAAUGGGUGGGUGUUUGGCGGGUUUCAGUCAAGGGGCAAUUUGGGGUUUAGCAUUUUUGGGGGGAGUGUGUUGAAGAGUGUUUAUGCGGUUUUUGAUCAGGGACAGAAGAGGUUUGGGUUUGUGCAGAAGGUGGAUUUGUAG